CCCCGCCCCCGCCCCGCCCCGCCCCGCCCCGCCCCGCCGGAAGGGCGAGCUCGCCACCUCUUGAACUUGGUGGUGGCAGCGCAGGGAUGGCGGCGGGGACGGGGGCUCCGGGAGGCGGCGGCCCCGGCAUGGACGCUCGGCUGGACCAGGAGACGGCCCGGUGGCUGCGAUGGGACAAGAAUCCUUUAACUUUGGAGUCAGUGAAACAACUAAUUGCAGAAGGUAAUAAAGAAGAACUACAAAAAUGUUUUGGGGCUCGAAUGGAGUUUGGGACAGCUGGCCUCCGAGGUGCUAUGGGAGCAGGAAUUUCUCGUAUGAAUGACUUGACCAUCAUCCAGACUACACAGGGAUUUUGUAGAUACCUGGAAAAACAAUUCAGUGACCUUAAGCAAAGAGGUGUUGUGAUCAGCUAUGAUGCUCGAGCCCAUCCAGCAAGUGGAGGCAGCAGCAGAAGAUUCGCCCGACUUGCUGCAACUACGUUUAUCAGCCAGGGGAUUCCUGUGUACCUCUUUUCUGAUAUAACCCCAACCCCCUUUGUGCCCUACACAGUAUCACAUUUGAAACUUUGUGCUGGAAUCAUGAUAACUGCCUCUCACAAUCCAAAGCAGGAUAAUGGUUACAAGGUCUAUUGGGAUAACGGGGCUCAGAUCAUCUCUCCUCAUGAUAAAGGGAUUUCCCAGGCUGUUGAAGAAAAUCUAGAGCCAUGGCCUCAAGCUUGGGACGAUUCUGUAAUCAAUGGCAGUCCACUCUUUCAUGACCCAAGUGCUUCCAUCAAUAAGGACUACUUUGAAGACCUUAAAAAAUACUGUUUUCACAGGGCUGUGAACAGGGAGACCAAGGUGAAGUUUGUGCACACCUCCGUCCAUGGCGUGGGUCACAGCUUCGUGCAGUCGGCUUUCAAGGCUUUUGACUUUGUUCCUCCCGAGGCUGUUCCCGAACAGAAGGAUCCCGAUCCUGAGUUCCCAACAGUGAAAUACCCAAAUCCUGAAGAGGGUAAAGGUGUCUUGACUUUGUCUUUUGCUUUGGCUGAUAAAACCACGGCCAAAAUCGUUUUAGCAAACGACCCAGAUGCUGACAGACUUGCUGUGGCAGAAAAGCAAGACAGUGGUGAAUGGAGAGUGUUUUCAGGCAACGAGUUGGGGGCCCUCUUGGGCUGGUGGCUCUUUACUUCUUGGAAAGAAAAGAACCAAGAUCACAGCGCCCUCAAAGACACAUAUAUGUUGUCCAGCACCGUCUCCUCCAAAAUCCUGCAGGCCAUUGCCUUAAAGGAGGGCUUUCACUUCGAGGAAACAUUAACUGGCUUUAAGUGGAUGGGAAACCGAGCCAAACAGCUAAUAGACCAGGGGAAAAAUGUCUUAUUUGCUUUUGAAGAAGCUAUUGGAUAUAUGUGCUGCCCUUUAGUUCUGGACAAAGAUGGAGUCAGUGCCGCCGUCAUAAGUGCAGAGUUGGCCAGCUUUCUAGCAACCAAGAAUUUGUCUUUGUCUCAGCAGCUAAAGGCCAUCUAUGUUGAGUAUGGCUACCAUAUCACCAAAGCUUCGUAUUUUAUCUGCCACGAUCAAGGCACUAUUAAAAAAUUAUUUGAAAACCUUAGAAACUACGAUGGGAAGAAUAAUUAUCCAAAAACUUGUGGCAGAUUUGAAAUUUCUGGCAUUAGGGACCUUACAACUGGCUAUGAUGAUAGCCAACCCGAUAAAAAAGCUGUUCUCCCUACUAGUAAAAGCAGCCAAAUGAUCACCUUUACCUUUGCUAAUGGAGGCGUGGCCACCAUUCGGACCAGUGGGACAGAGCCCAAAAUCAAGUACUAUUCGGAACUGCGCGCCCCCCCUGGAAAUAGUGAUCCCGAGCAGCUGAAGAAAGAACUAAAUGAACUAGUCAGUGCUAUUGAAGAACAUUUUUUCCAGCCACAAAAGUAUAACCUGCAGCCAAAAGGAGAGUAAACUAUCCCAGCCUUGGGCAUAAUUACAUUUCCCUACAAUUAAGCUGAACUUGAUUUCUUAAGCAAUAUUUUUGUGGGCCAAAUAAUUUAAACUAUUGCUACAAGUAUUCAUAUUUUUUUAAUAGACGUACAUUCCUCCUUGUUUUAUAUUUGAACUUUAAGCGUAAUAAAGAAAGAUGGCCAAAUCUAACAAACCAACAUUCCUGUUAAAAGGUUGAGCAUCAUCCGAAUUUAAAAAAUGAAGAUUUUAAAAAUAACUAACCUUCAAAAAUAUAUUGUAAUUAAUAUGCUUUCAUUAGAAUAAAUACCAAAUAUGUUUCUUCUCUAAAAUUCAUUUUAUGUGUAAGUAAAACAGCCAGAAAGCCUAUACAUAUUACUAAAUUCUGGGCUGUCCUAUGUAAAAGAUAGCCACUUCUACAUAUAUGUAUAUUUACAUUUCUAUCAAUUGCUUAUAAAGUAAAAUAGAUGAACAGAUCAAAUGUUGUGUUUAGGGAAAAUACAAUUCACAGGAACCUAUAAAGUAGAGCAAAAGAUACUUUAAAAAGAUAGUUUUUUGAUCUAAAACUUUAAUUCUAAUAAUGCACCAUUAUACGUUGUGUAUGUGCUAGGAAAAAACAGCUUAACCAUCUUUGUUCAGUGUGUUAACAUUCACUUUAUCUCUUUAAAUCUUGAAUGAAACAAUUGGUUAUUUGAAACUUGCAAAGUAGAUUAUUGUAGUUUUUUGCUUUAACACAAUUAAUGUAAUUUUGGUCCUAAAGCAGCAAGGACUCUAAACAGUGACUACCUGACCUUGAUUUUUUUUGCCUUGCUCUUAUGUGAUCACAAUCUAAAACUAGACUUUUCCAGGUUCAUUAUUUAAUCUGUGCCUCCUCAUAAUUGAUGGCCUUAUAACCUUCCAAAAUGACUCCCAUUGAGUACCCAUGACUGAGGACCAAACUGUUCUUUAUAUACUUUAUAUAUUUUGUGUGAUUUUUUAUUUUUAAAGCAAAUGAUUGCCUAUAUUAUUAUUAACUUAAAUGGUUAUUAACAGUUUCAGAACAAUGAAAAAUUACAGUACCAUUGACAAUCAUGUUUCUAAUGUAAAGGAAAGAAUAUUUGUAUAUCCUAGUGAUACAUAGUUUGUCCCCUACCAGAACUCUUAAAUGUACAAUAUUCAAUAUAUUCUAUCAGCUGCUUCAUUGUAGAAGCUAUAUUUAUUUUUAAAUAUAGUGUACUCUUAAAGUGUACUCUGGAAAAGAGAAACUUCAGAUUUGUGUCCUCUCUACAUUUUUGUGAGCACAUAAAUUGUACCCCAUCACAGAGUUUGUUUCUGGAAAUACGAAUGUAAUUAAGAUCCAGUCCUGCUUGAUGGAGCUCAGGGUCUAAUUGGAGGGCUAAUAAGUAACUACAGUACUUAACACAUUCUGUAAUUGAGUUAUCUGCAAAGUACUCAGAGUUGAGGAUUGUGAGAGAGGGAUUCAUUCUGCGCAGAGGAAGCUUCCCCUUCAGGGGCAAGUAGCAUCUGCAGAUGGAGGAGGAAGUCUUCCAGGCACAGAGCACAGCGUUAGCAAAAGCCUGGAGGCACUGGGGUGUGUGCGGUCCUGGACGGAGGUGGGGAGAUGGUGAAAACAGAACCCAGAUGUAAACUUCAGGACCUGCCCCACUUCCCUCACGUGAGCGGGUGAUUCAGUUGGACCUAGAGGAGAUCCUCCAGUAAGUAUUUCUUGACUUUUUCUUGUUACUGCGGGAUGCAAGGUAGCAACGUGUGGUGCAUAAAGCUUGCACCGUAAGGACCCUGCAUUCUAGUCUUGGUCCACGGGGAGCCAGCUCUGUGACCUUAGUCAGGUCACUUAGCCUGUCAAAGUCUCCAUUUUGUUAUUUUUUAAGACUUUGGUUUUUUUUAGGGCAGUGCUAGGUUCACAGCAAAAUUGAAGGAAGGUACAAAGAUAUCCCAUACCCACCCUGCCCCCACCCCAUGCACAGCCUCCCCCAUUAUCGACACCCUACCGCAGUGGUGCAUUUGUUACUAUUGAUGGACCUGCGUUAACACGUCAUUAUCAUCCAAACUGUGGAAACAAGAAGAAGAUCAGUGAAUUGCCGGGGGUUAAGGGGGAAGGAGAGAUGAAUAGGCAGAGCACAGAGGAUUUUUAUGGCAGUAAAAAAAUUUUCUGUAUGAUACUGUAAUAGUGAAUACAUGUCAUUAUACAUUUGUCCUAAUCCACAGAAUGUACAACACCAAGAGUGAAUACUAAUGUAAACUGUGGACUUUGGGUGAUAAUUUUGUCAUUUUAAAAAUAAAGAGAUUUUACU